AAAAUGGAAACAACACAACAAAUAAAUAAUCAGAAUUCUUCCCCUUCCCCUCCAACAAUUAAUUGUUUUAAUCAGUCAAAUUCUCCUUUAAAUGGAGGAGGAGGGGGAAUUAUUGGGAAAAAACAGUCUAGGCCGACAUUUAGUGGACAACAAGUAAAAAAAUUUUUUUGA